AUGCGACUGGCAAUUGGCCUCACCAAGCCGGCCGAUUCAUCUAAACAGUCCUCACGAUGGUCGCCCCGAGGCACAGAGCCAUACCGCUAUGUCGAAUGGCCGUGGCCUAUCGUACCAGCGCACGGCGGCCCGUCGAAUGCCUUCCCACCAGCUGGCCGCGUCAACCCCCUGGUGGGAAACAAUGCACUGCCCGAGCCGGCUCCAGAUGCCAUCGCGUCAGCCGCGUCCUUGGAGCAGGAUGCUCCAGCUCCCGGGGCCAGAAGCUCUCCCGAUGCCGACGCUUCUCCUUAUGGCGCUGCUCCUCCUCGUCCUCCGCCGCCACCGCCGCCAGAAAGCUCUGGUGAGGCUGCCUCGGGGCCUAAACCCACGACGCACGCCUACAACGCUGUCGAUUAUGCCACGGUCGAUCUCUCGAACCUGGUCAACGCAAAGGCUUCCGAUUACAAGCGUUCCCUCGGCUCCAGCAGCAAUCCUCUCAACCAACCCAACGUGCGCGCCAAAGCUGUCGUGGGUCGAACCGUCUUCAUCGCGGACCGCCUCACUCCGCAGUCUGCACCGACGCCCAUCUUGGCCCUUCGCGUCCUGGAGAGGAUGUGCCGCGACCAAAAAGUCAAAAGCAAGUACCAUUCGCAAAAGUUUCAUGAGAGGAAGGGUUUGAGGAAGAAGAGGUUAAGGAGCCAGCGGUGGAGGGCAAGGUUCAAGGCGGGCUUCAAGGAGGUGGUGAGUCGCGUCAUGGAACUCAAGAAGCAGGGGUGGUGA